AAAACGGCAAACCGAGGUCAAUUGACCACCGCAGGUCGCAUUUUGUAUAGACAAACUGUUGUUGUAUCACCAGACUGUACUGUAUCGUUACUUAUGCGAUAACGUAUUAGACGCGCGUUCCCGGCAAUAUCAGGGUCGCCAACCUCAAGGCUUUCGUCCCUUCAUGGAGAACACGCUUGUUGAACGAGGCGUGGAGCAUGAUGGUGAGCACCGCCACCCCUUGCGGCACUCAUGCAUCCCAAGAGAGGGCCCAUCCUCCUCCCUUCGUACCUACCAACACCAUCACCACCACCAACCACUUCAUUCACGAACGCGCUGCGCGCCAUGCCUCACCUUACGACCGACCCACACUCGCCCACGCACGUCUCGCCGACCCAGGACCGCCCAUCGCUGGCCGAUGUCGCAGCGGACACGAAGGCGACCCUCGCCAUGAGCCUGCACGACAUUAUGGGCGGCGGCGCCGACUUCCCCCGCGGCGGGCCGUCUACAGAGAACCUGAAGCCGUCACACCCGAGCCCGCAUUCGAAGCAGCGGUUUGAGCUCGAGAUUGAGCCGCAGCGCUCGCGGUCGAUGUCCAUCGACAUCCCGCCGCCCGUGUACAGCGCGGUGAGCCCGGAGCACGAGCACGCGGCCGCGCGGCUGCUCGAGCAGCAGCUCCAGGACGCGCAGGAUGCGGCGCAGCUCCUCGCGCAGCACCUGCACGACGCGGAGGACGAGGCGCUCGCCUCGAUGCACGCCGUGCAGGCGCAGGCCGCCGCAGCGGAGACGCGCGCGGAGGCGGCCGAGCGCGCUGUGCGGGAGGAGAAGGCGCGGACCGCGGACGCGGAGGAGCGCGUGCGGAAGGCGGAGGCGCGGGCAGAUGCCGCGGAGGCGAGGAUGCGGGAGCGGGAGUCGUACGUGGAGGGCCUCGAGUUCAUCGUCAGCAAGUUGUGCAGGAGCAUCGAUGAGCACGUUACGGGGAUCCCGGCUCCCGCGGGGAAGCGCAAGUAGACGAGGUCUUGUGGAUGUGCAUUGUGCGCUGGGUUGGGGGUGGAACCCGGAAGGACACUGAUUAUCGAUAUCUACUACGUACACGCCAGUAGUAGAGGUGCUUCGCGUUGAGCGCGAUUGCCUAAGUUAUGGAUCCGGAUGUUACUGUACUGUAAAAGAACAAUGCCCACCCGGCCGCGGGCAGUCAGACGACGACAACGAUAGCCCUAGAAGCGGCUAUCGUGAGGGCAAAACAGGGACACGAACACGCAUUUGUAUGCACGAGAAGGCUCUCC